ACAAAAAAACACCCGCCUCCCAGCUCCCAAGCUUACCUGGCACACCCUUGAAUAAUUCUAAGAAUUUAGCAUAUCACAGUAAUGUCAUGGGCUCAUCCCUGGAUAUAUUGGGAAACUAUUCUCAGUUGCUAAGUGUGGUACAGGCAAACACCCCUCCAGAUAGCCCUAGAGAAGCAGAGAGAGUUGGAAGCACACGGUAUUCAGAUGACAAGUGGGCCAGGAUCUCCAGUGUUGAUGUGGAAAAACCCACAUCUUUUACCUUAAACUGAAUAAGAGAUAGUUUAUUCUAGAGCCAAAUUUGAAUGACAAUGGCCUGGGAACACAGAUUGGAGUUACUCCAAAUUCUAUGUUCAAGUGUGGAGGCAAGCUUCACAAAGUUUUGUAGUUUGUAGAACAAAGAAAGUCAUCAUUGAGACAAUUUAAAAUAUAUUGUACACCAGAAAGGUGGUCACAGCAAGGUAGAGGGAUGUCUCCUGUAGGCCUCAGAUGCUAUCUGAUGACAUUCUUAGCUUUUGGAUAGGUGGAAUCUAGUGGUCUGCUAAAUUAAUAAGUUCCAAAAUAGGUUUUAUCUUAUUAACCACAGGAGGUAUGUUCUGACACAGGCGAGCAUGGAAUGGCUAUUCCAGGGGCUAAAGCUAGCCUUAGAGGGGAGUGGAGGGAUAACUCAGCAGUUAAAGACACUGGCUGCUUUUUCAGAGAACCAGGUUCAACUUCCAGCACUCAUGUGGCAGCUCACAGCUAUCUUUAUAAAAUUCCUGUUCCAAGGGAUUUGACACCCUCUUCUGACUGCUGCAUGUACUUGCUGCCUGAACACACUUACAAGCAAAACAAACAUAAAGUAAUAGUAAAUAUAAAAACAAAAAUGAGUCAAAGGUAAUGUGGUUAGCCCAUGCACCUACAGCAUCCCAGCUUUCCAUCAGUCUUUGUGAUAACUGCUGCUUUCUAGGAGUUACUACACCAAGGACCAUUUCCUGUUGAGUGUUAGAUUCCCCUUCUCUUUAUUUGAGAGUUUUCUAUUUUGACCCUUUUUAUCUCUUACCUUAAGAUAGUAUCUUCACCUCUCAUUAGAUUUGCAUGUAUAUCUUCAGACCAUUGGAACAACCUUUUGCCUCCUCCUUUAUCAAAAAGGUCUUCAACCCUUCUUUUGAAAUUUACCUCACUCGUUUACACUUUAAACAGAGAAGGAGGUUUUAGUUUGUUUUCCCUCUCUACCUGUAAGGGCUUUCCCCAGGCCUAUUCCUUGACUCACUCUGGUGACCAUGGUCUAAAACCCUCAUAUUAAUAGGUAUUGUUAGGUACCUGGAAAGGCAAGGCUUUGUUUGAUAAGAUUCCAUUACUGAAGUUUUCUCUCUCUGUAUGCAAUGUGGUGUAGUCAAGAAACUGUCAACAGGUUCACUCCAUUAUUGUCAGGGGCAAAGAAAAGCAGAGGGAAAAAGUGGGGAGUCGCCAGGGCUAUGGGAGCAGAGAAGAUAGCAAUAUUGAUGGAAGAGUCUGCCAGUUAUAAGGGGUUAUGGUGUGGUGAGAGGAGGGCAGGUUAGCUGGAACAGCCUAGAACUAGUGUGGAGCUCUUAUCUGUUGGAAGUCUGUUAAUAGAGAACCAGAUGUCCUCUCUGGAGACUUGGGGACUAUAGGAAUGGGUACAAAGUAAUGGCUUUUUCUGGCAAACAAACCCACUUUACAAGGUUUUUGAGGAGUGCCGAAUGUUUACCAGGUCGAAGUCCUGCCUUAGCUAAGUCAUUUAGUGGGAUUGGGACCUGAAGACAUGUGAGGGAAAAGAUAUCACAAGUGUAGGGAUUGUGGGUAUCCUGCAUGGUACCCCAGGAAUCCACACUGUAGCUUGUCUCCAUUGAACAAUUUUUACCUGGGGUGGACAUCAAUGCCCAGUAUCAUUCUCAGCAGCAAAGGAUACUUUGUUUCCCCAUUUGCUAGAUGGUUGCUCUAGCCUUUUCGAAAACCCCUACUUAGAAAACCUUAUUCAUAUGGUAGGAUGAGAAACCUAUACUUGAAGAUGCAGUUUGAAGGCAGUUGAAUUAAACUUCAUAUAAUCCUUUUUUUUUUUUGGUUCUUUUUUUCGGAGCUGGGGACCGAACCCAGGGCCUUGCGCUUCCUAGGUAAGUGCUCUACCACUGAGCUAAAUCCCCAACCCCAUAUAAUCCUUUAGGGCUCGGCCCACCUGAUACAUCCAGUCUUCUAAUUGGCCUUGCAUACACAACAGGGAAAAUCAGAAUGAGAGGAUGGCCCUAAACCACUGAAUGCCAUGAGCCUGCGGUGGGAUGGCAGGCCUGUCUUACCAUACCUGGUUUAUAUGGUGUGAGGAUGGAUAGGUGGAAUGAAGGACUUCAUACAUGCCCGGCUGGCACUCUACCAAUUGACUUAUAUCCCCAGCUCUAGCUUUCACUCUGCUAAGCCAGUAAAGUAGUGAUUAAGAUGUGUCACCAUCUCAGCAUUGUUCUAAGACUAGGGCAUGUUCCAGAUCACUUGGACUCAUUCUGACUGGUCUUCAACUACCACAUAGCCUCUAGUAUUUUCACAGGUCGCCCGCUGCUGUCAUCUGUCCUGGAUUGUAUUGUGACUGCCUUGCCAAUCAGAUUAACAGGUUUCUGAGGAGGGCAGGGUUUUAAUACCCAUUCAUUUUCAUGUCCCAUAUUUAAAAAAAAAAAACAAACAAAAAACGAGUGGUUUGUGGAACUUGGAGGAGAGGGAGUAUGCAGUAUAAAAGACCCUGCUGUGGGAAGGGAGAAUGUUAGAAUGUUGAUCAAGGGUAAAUCAUUUUUUUUAAAGACAGUUUUAAGAUUUAUUUAUUUAUUAUAUAUAAGUACACUGUAGCUGUCCUCAGACACACCAGAAGAGGGCAUCAGCUCUCAUUACAGAUGGUUGUGAACCACCGUGUGGUUGGUGGGAAUUGAACUCAGGACCUCUGGAAGAGCAGUCAGUGAUCUUAACCGCUGAGCCAUCUCUCCAGCCCCCUCAAGGUUAAAUCUUAAAGCUGGAUCUGGAUCUUGCUCAGGGAGUGUUUAAAAGGCUAUUCUACAGCAGAAGUUUAAACCGGGAGAGAUUUUGCCUCCCAGGUUGCAUUUGGCAUUGUCUCAAGACAUUGUUUUUAAAGUCAUUGGUGGUAUGUGGUGUGGUGUGGUGUGGUGUGGUGUGGUGUGGUGUGGUGUGGUGUGGUGUGGUGUGGUGCUCUUGAGGUAAAGCAUCCCAUCUUGGAGGGAAGCUCACUAAGAGCAGAAUGUGCUAAAGAGAGGGAAACAUUUAACUUCCUCUAGGGAAGUUUGUUAAAAUUCAGGAAGCUGGCACUAGAGAGAUGGCUCAGCUCUUAAGAGAAGGCACUGCUUUUCGGCAAGGACCCCAGUUCAGUCCCCAGCACCCAGGUCAGUAGGCUCCAGCUGACUGGCUAUAGCUCAAGCUCCAUGGGAUCCAAUGAUUCUGGCCUCCACAGCACCCAUGUGAACAUAUCCUCUCCUUCCAUAAUUUUAAAAUAAAUCUUAGAAAAAAAUUGCAAGAAAUAAACUCAGUAGCUUCAAGAAGUACCAGAAACUGACCAAAUGCACCAGGCCUCUCCAGUCCCCCAUGUACAAGAAAGAUACUGAGACCAACCUAGCUGCCCAGAAGAGACAGAGGCCUCAGAGCUGACUGUAAAUUAUGCAGAGAGAGCGCUCUGUCACCCAGGCUGAGGUGGGCUUUGGUGAUGUAGCUCCCUUGGAGUCUUAUGAGUAACCUCUCAUCCAUUUUCCUGUAAGCAACCCCGAUGAACUUGUUGGUUCACCAAGUUGGACUUUGGUGGUUCAUUUCCACUCUUGGGUGAGCGGACAUUCAUUCCAGUUUACCAAGGGAAAGUAUGACGAAGCACUGCUUUUGUUUGUAACCCAAGUUCAGUUACUGGCACCCCUGUCAGGUGGCUUAUAACCCUAUAACUUCUAUUUCCAAGGCAUCUGACGUCCUCCACUGUCUCCCACAUGUAUGUAAGUCAUGUGCCUGGUCAUGUACACCUUUAACCCCAGCAUUUGGGAGGCAGAGACAGGUGCCUCUCUGAAUUUGGGACCAGUCUGGUUUAUAUAGUGAGUUCCAGGGCAGGCAGGGCUCCAAAUAGUCAGAAAACUAAUAAUCAUAAUUUAGAAUUUUUAAAGAUUUAUAAUUUGUGUGUGUGUGUGUAUGUAUGUAUGUAUGUAUGUAUGUAUGUAUGUAUGUACCUGAAGAGGCCAGAAGAGAACAUUGGAUACCUUCAAACUGGAGUGACAGAUUGUCAGCCACCAUGUAACUUCUCAAAAAACAGCAAGUAGUCUUAACAGCUAAGCCAUUUCUCUAGAUCUCAUUUAUUUACUUUUUUGUUAUGUAUGUAUGUAUGUAUGUAUGUAUGUAUGUAUGUAUGUAUGUAUAUGUAUGUAUGUGUGUAUGUAUGUGUUUGUGUGUAUAUGUAUGUAUGUGUGUAUGUAUGUGUUUGUGUGUAUAUGUAUGUAUGUGUGUAUGUAUGUGUUUGUGUGUAUAUGUAUGUAUGUGUGUGUAUGUAUGUGUGUUUGUGUGUGUAUGUAUGUGUGUAUGUAUGUGUGUGUAUGUAUGUAUGUGUGUGUAUGUAUGUUUGUGUGUAUGUAUGUAUGUGUGUGUUUGUGUGUGUGUAUGUAUGUGUGUGUAUGUAUGUAUGUGUGUAUAUGUGUGUAUGUAUGUGUUUGUAUGUAUGUAUGUAUGUAUGUAUGUAUGUAUGUAUGUAUGUGGGCUUAUUAUGGAGAUCAGAGGAUAGAGUUGGUUCUUUUACCAUAUGAGUUUCGGGAUCAAAUUCUAGUUGUCAUGGUGGACAGCAAGCAUCUUUAUCUAAUGAACCGUAUGACUAGCCCAAGCCAUUGUUGGUUGACUUUUCGGACAGAGGUUGCUACUGAUAACUUGUGGGUAGAACCUAGAGAUACACUUUUCAUUUCACUUUUCACAAGAUGGCUUCUACCACACCAGUCCAUAAUAUCAGGGGUGCGCACAGUGACUAACUGCUGUGGGAGCUGGAGAGACAGCUCAGAGGCUAAGAGGACACACCAGUCUCAUUGAGGAUCUAAGUUUUGUUCGCAGCACGUACAUCAAAUGGCUCACAGUCACCUGUAACUCCUGUAGUUCAGGAGGAUCAGAUGCUCUUUCUGACACACAUGUGCACACACAGAGGCCCAUGCACAAAUCUCCAGAGUUUAGGGUCCUUAGGGUUGCUUUUCUUAAGGUCUGGAGAGCUGGCUCAGCAGUUAAGAGAGCUUGCUGCUUGUUUGUUGUGAAGCAGUUUCCUCUGAAAUAAAGCUUUCCAUCUUGGAGGGGUUAGGAAACAGCAUGUACUAAAGGGAGGUGAAACAUCCCACCCUGCAAGGAAGCUCAUUAAAACCCAGGAAGCAAGGACUGGAGAACCUGCUUGGCUGCUAAAAGAAGAUACUGCUCCUGGUGGGGCCCAAGUCCAGUUUUCCCUGGCACUGGCGCCCAUGAGCAAAAACCCACACCGUAAGUAAACAAUACCAAGUCUCCAGGACGUCCUGGAAACUCACCAGAUGCACCAGGUCUCUUUCUCCCCCUUCCUUAAGGAUGGCCAAGGGACGCUCAAAUCAGCCAAGCUGCUUGGAAAAGACGCCCUGUGGCUUGUCACGCUGCCUUCGGAUUUCGAGCUCCAGGUUUCCAGGUUGUAUGAGCUGGGGCCCAUACUUGGGUGGACUUCUGGUGUUAGUCGAGAAGCAAUCGUACGUAUGUCCAUGACUGGGCCGUGCUAUUAUGUGUGCGAUCCCUUUCCCAGUGAGGCCAGACUCCUGCUCUUUCCCAGCUCUUCAUUAGGCCAAGGGAGCAAGAGGUGAGAGGCAGUAUCCAGGACUCCGUGUGAUCUAAUCCAGGCUUAAGAAGGCCCUCUUUUCAAUGAACUGGGACUCUAAAUAACGCACUAUAGUCAGUCCAAGGUCCCAGAAAGUAAGGGCAAACUAAAGGGAAGCUGUGAAACCCCUUCAAAAGAUACUGUAUAACUAGAAAUUCUGGGGUCUGCAGAUGAGGCUCAGUUGGUAGAGUGCUUGCCUAGGAUACCUGACGCCUUGAGUUUGAUUUCCAGCACUGCAUAAAACUAGGUAUGAUGGCACACAUUCAUAAUCCCGGCUCUAAGGAGGCAGGAGGAUCAGGAAUUCAAGGCCAUACUGGGAUACGUGAGACCCUGUCUCAAAACACAAAAAGUACAGAGAUGAAAAGGUAGGUCACUGGUUAAGAACGUGGUGGUUUACAACUGUCUGUAACUACAGUUCAGGGAAUCCGAUGCCCUCUUCUACCCUCUGUGGGCAUCAGGUAUACACAUGGUGCAUAGACAUAUAUACAAACAAUACACAUACAAGAGUGGUCUCCUCAAGGCUGUGCAACAGGUCCUUAAAGGCACUCCACUUCCUAAAACACAGUUCCGUUCUGCACCUCCUUUGCUGCUUCCCGCUUUGUUCUGUAACCACAUCUUUAGAGCCUUAUUUCCUUGGUGGAGAAGGAAGCUGCUCUUCCCGUGGGCUCCCCUCUGCAAGGACCACUCUGGGCAGACACCAUCUAAACAGCCCCCCUAUAACACGGACUAUCUGUAUGACUCGCUUCUCUCUGUUCCAAAGUACAGACAUCCUAGGUAAUCGACUUUCCCUUUUCCUCCCAUCAGCCCUGCAGUGCAGAUGCCCCAGGUGAUCUCUUCUCUAUACAGGUAUACCUGCCAACCCACUUCUCUUUAGAAAGUGUAAAUGGGUAACCUACUUCUCUCCAUGGUGUAGACAUCCCUGACGAACCCCCAUUUGCUCCUUUGCAAUGUAGACAUCUGGGUAACUCACUGCUUUCUUUUCUGCAGUGCAGACAUUCUGGUGUGCCCCCCGCCCCAACCCCUUUCACUGUGUAGACAUCCUGGGCUACCACUUCUCUCCCUGCAAGGCCUGUCAGGAUGUGCACUUCUGGAUGCACAACACACUACCCUCUGCCCCUCCAGAUUGGGCACUGCCAUGGAGUCUGAAGUGCUGCUAUAAGGAUUUAGAGGCAGAGUACUUUGGUGGUCUGGGCCUAGGUAUGCUGCAAAGAUCACACCAUGACACAGAUCUCACACGAGAUUUAUUGAUGGGAGUGGGGGAAGUAAAAGGUUAUCUAGGAGUGGGGAUGUGACAAGAGUCAGAGAAAGAGCAGCAGACAGACCAGGAGCUAGAGCUGGCUGUGAUGGCAGGGGACCUUUUAAAUGGCUGGUGACUAGCAAUGAUGCAGGUGUUAGCACUGAGUUCUGAGGAAAGGCAGUGUGUGUGGGUGUGCCUGCGUUCUAACAUUCCUCCAUUUUGUCUAUUAUAAAAGGUGAGGACAUAGGAAGAGUUGACCGGGUAAGGCACGAUGCUGCUUUUUAGACCGUGUCCUACUUUCUGAGAGUGUCGACAUCUUUGGGGACCUAAGAAAGGUGGGAUGCUGGCCAAAUCCUGGAAGAGCAGGCUGUUUUCCUCAUUGUUCUGGCUCUGUGGGACGAUCUGUGCCUAUUACAGUGCAGACCUAGUUGAAGCAGUCUGUGAGGAUGGACCACCUGGGCUAACCUCUUUGAAGCUACCCAGGAUUUAGAUUUUGAGGGAACAUCUAGACCUGGCAGGAUGCUGAAACAGAUAUCUAUAUCUCUAUCUCUAUCUCUAUCUAUCUAUAUCUAUAUCUAUAUACCUUUAUACCUAUAUACCUAUAUACCUAUAUAUAUAUAAUCUCUCUCUCUCUCUCUCUCUCUCUCUCUCUCUCUCUCACACACACACACACACACAUAUAUAUACAUAUAUACAUAUAUAUAUGUAUAUAUAUGGCGGAAGACAAAGUUAAGGAGUUUAGGGGAAUUUUUUUUCUUACUUUUAGGCCCAUGCUCCUGGUGGUAGAGGAAGAGAGUUCCCAAGCCAGGAAGAGGGGGAUCCAACCCUCGGGGAUAAGUGAAAUAGGCAGGUGGAGGAACAAUCUACUGAUUGGCAGCACUUAUCUGGAGUUGGUUUGACCCAUGCGAGGCAAAUUCAAACUGAGUUCCUAAAGCUUAAAAGAAAAAAGGUGGGUUCUAGCUAUAUUAUUAGCUUUACCAUCAUUUGUAACCUGCACUGAAAUCAACGUCUUGAGAAAGGAAGUAGACUCGGCACCUUUGUAUCAUAGUAGAAGCGUGGGAAGUGCUUCUGGUUUAAAGCAUGAACAUUCUUUAAGAUGAGUUCAGGGAAGACAGACUCCUCCUGUGGAAUAGAAGGCUCAAAGCUCACUUGACCUUGAUUUUCAGUAUGUGUAGAGACCAUGAAAGUGGGGUCUUUCCCCUCUAUCCAGAAGACUGAAUGUAUAUAGAUUAGAUAAAUAUUUUUAGCACAACGAGACUUACUUUUAAGUCUAUAUUUAGAAGAAAGCCAAAGGAAAUCUAAAAUCUUGGGUUUGUGACUAUGCUAAUAGUAGCAGUGCUUUACCAGAGCUAGAUGAAAGCUUACAGCAUAGUUUUAAAAGAUUUUUUUUGAGAGCAGAGCUCAGAGAAAUCAUAGAGAUUAAAGAUCUAUGAGGGGAAAGUAGAACCUUAGAGACGAGACUUUGGGAUCAUUUGUGUGGUGGCAGAAGUUGUUACAAUCUGUGAGAAUUUGGAAAUCAAGCAUGCCACUAUUUUGCCGUUGGUCUGUACAGAGGCCAACUGUCUAUGGCAGAACAGAGGGAGUCACAAAGCAGAACACUGAGCAGGUGUGUUCCUAUAAGCUCCAAGAAGGAGCAGGGAGUUGAAGCUGAGGGACUGCGGGCCGGAGCCAGAGAUAACCAGGAGCGAGCAGGAGAGAAGGUAGCCAUAGGGAGCUUAGGGGGUUAUGUUUGCAUCAGACGCUCCAGAGAGAAAAGGUUUGCGCCGGGUGUGUGCACUCUGUAUCUGGCCUGCUCCUUUGCUUCCCGACGCCAGGUUCUGCUAGGUCUGGCUCCUGUUCCCACUUUGAACAAAUUUACAGAUCCACCAGCCUUAAUGUAAAGAUAAGACAUUUACACAGUGGUGGGGGUGGGAGUGGGGGGCCAAUCAAAAACAAACAGCACUUGAAGCAGAGAAAAAAAGAAAUAGGGAAAUAGGGAAUGCGUUGUUUUUUUUUUUUUUUCUGUUCCAAUUGCUUGGUUGGUCCAUUUGGAUUGAUUGUCUAAGGGAUAUUGAAGCCAUUUUCAACCUCAAAGGCAGAUAAGCUUAGAGGCUCUGGUGGUUUGAAUAUGCUUGGCACUAUUAGGAAGGGUGGCCUUCUUGGAGGAAGUGCAUCACUAUGGGCAUGGACUUUGAGGUCCUGUGCUUAAAUUCUGCCCAAGGAAGAAGAGCCCCUCCUCCUACUGCCUUUGGAAGAAAGUCCACAUCUGGAUGCCUUCAGAUCGACAUAUAGAACUCUUGGCUCCUCCAGUACCACAUGUGCCUGCACGCUGCCAUGCUUCCCACCGAGAUGAUAAUGGAUUGAAACUCUGAAACUGUAAGCCUGCCCCCAUUAAAUGUUGUCCUUUAUAAGGAUCACCGUGCUCAUGGUGUCUGUUCAUAACAAUGAAACCCUAAUUAAGACAGAGGCCCUUAAGUCGAGUGCUAAGUGGAGCAGUUGGAGGUUCUCCAAGAGGCAUCCCCCAGGAGGAACCAGGAGAUAAAGAUGGCCUAGUUCCCAGAGGUGAGGUAGAGGAGGAGUUCUGAGGCCUGAAGUCCAAGGUUUUUUUCAAGCACAUGGGACUGAAUGAAGAGGGCACAAGACAAACAGUAGGUUGUCACCUUGUGGGUUGGGAACCAGGACCCAAGGAGACAUGGUAACUGAUACCUGACUUUUGAAUGAAGCCAGAAGGUGAAAACUAUGCUCAAGAUCUAAGUCUCACCCAAAGGAAAGGGUGAGAGGUGGGUACCUCUGCCUCCAAGAGUACCAGAGAAUCAGGGAAGCAUUUAAGCCAACUGAGAGGAUCCAUUCACCAGUUGCUGUUGAUAGAUGGAAGGCCAAAGGAUUGGUGGACCAGAAGGUGGAUCUGUUGCAGGUGGAGUGACCUGUAUGGCACCAGUGUUAGGAUUUAGUGGCAGAGUACCUUGGUAUGUCAGGGCCAAGGUAUGCUGCAAAGAUCAUCACACCAUGCAACAGAUUUCAUGCAAAGGAUUUAUUGGAGGUGUAGGGAGCAAAAAGACUGUCUCAGUGAGUGAGUGAGUGUGUGUGUGUGUGUGUGUGUGUGUGUGUGUGUGUGUGUGAGAGAGAGAGAGAGAGAGAGAGAGAGAGAGAGAGACAGAGACAGAGAGAGACAGAGACAGAGACAGAGAGAUAGAGAGAGUCAGACAGAGACAGAGAGAGACCAGAGAAGGAGUGCUGGGAGACAGAAGUCUGACUGUGAUGUUAGGGGACCUUUUAAAAGGGUUGAAAGCUAGAUUAGUGAUGAUGUAGCUACUAGUGCUGAGGGCAGGCCGGGUGAUCAUGCUGGAUGUAAUGGUUGUGGACUAAGGCAUCUGCUGCUGAUGCCACACACCAUACGCAGACAGGUAGUAGGCUUGGAGCUGGCAUUCACUGUGGUGGUCUAUACAGAUCUCUUUAGAGGCUGAGUGAUGGAUAUGGCUGCCUGCAGCGUGGUGGGCAUGUGCUCACGUUCAUUGGGAUUGGAAAAGACCCCCAGUGCCUGAUUUAAAGAGUGGAGUCCAUUAAGACAUAGACUGUGGCUUUCCGCGGCCCACCACCUUCGAGUUGUAUCUCCACCGCCGAGGGGCCGGGGAGCGCAUCCCGUCCCCGCCCCCCACCCACGCCGCCACCGCCGCCACCCUUGCCACUGCUCACUCACUCUGAGUCCCUGGCCUCGCUGCCUGAGGUGGGGGCGCUGCGGGCACGUGUGCGCCGGCCGCCUUCCCGUUGCCGCCCGCGUUCUUGCCGUCCGGGCAUACGUCGACGCGCGCCUGCAUCGGCUCCGGACGCUUGCGAUUUUAGUGGGACCUAACUUGGAGGCCUAUGGUGCAAGUAUCAGGAUUACUUUUGCCCCCAAGGCUAAUUGCAGAUCUCCUCAUGUUGAACUACGGGAUUCCAUAGAGAAUGAGACUCUCAUCCUUUUUCCAUCAGUGAGCCACUCUUCCCAGCUUUCUCCCACCAUCCACUGACCUCAUGUCUACCAUACUCCUGAAUUUGGACUUUGGGGAACCUUCGAAAAAGGCAUUUGGAGGAAAUGCCAAACAUCAACGUUUUGUCAAGAAGCGAAGGUUCUUGGAACAGAAAGGAUUUCUGAGUAAAAAGAACCAACCCCCUAGCAAGGUGUCUAAAUUAAACUCAGAACCUCCAAAGAAAGGGGAAACUUCAAGAGUAGAUAGCAUUUCGAAGAUCCUUUCAUGCCUAAAGAAGAAAAAAGAGGCAGCUGCCUCCAAGAGGGACUCAGAGCAGUCCAAAGACAAGAAAGCAUCGUCAUGGCUGACCCCUGCUCCUUCAAAGAAGACUGAUUCUGUUGUGGCUAAAAUAGAUUUGCUUGGGGAGUUUCAGAGUGCCCUUCCAAAGCCUAAGAGACGCACCCAGAAGAAGGGCUCCAAGAAGCCCUUGAAAAAGAAAAUUGCUACAGAAAACUCCACCCAAGCUCAGUCAAAGGAUAAAGGCUCCAACAAGAAGCCCUUGAAGAAAAAUGCUGUACAGAACUCCACCCAAGCUCAACCAGAGGAUAAGUGCCCUAAAGUCCCUCAAAGCUUGCCAAGGAAGAUGGUGGCAAUAGACUGUGAAAUGGUGGGCACCGGACCCAAGGGGCGUGUGAGUUCCUUGGCUCGCUGCAGCAUCGUGAAUUACAAUGGAGAUGUGCUUUAUGAUGAGUACAUCCGCCCCCCCUGCUAUAUCGUGGACUACCGGACCAGGUGGAGUGGCAUCCGGAAGUGCCACAUGGUUAAUGCUACCCCGUUUAAGACUGCUCGGAGUCAGAUCUUGAAGAUACUCUCAGGGAAGGUAGUGGUAGGGCAUGCCAUUCACAAUGACUACAAAGCCCUACAGUACUUUCAUCCCAAGUCCCUCACUCGAGACACUUCCCAAAUACCACUCCUCAACCGGAAGGCUGACUGCCCAGAAAAUGUCACUUUGUCACUGAAGCGUCUCACCAAGAAGCUGCUGAGUCGGGACAUCCAGACUGGACUAAGUGGACAUUCCUCGGUAGAAGAUGCCCAGGCCACAUUGGAGCUGUACAAGUUGGUUGAAGUUGAAUGGGAGCAGCAUCUGGCCCAGAAUCCUCCAGAAAAUUAGCAGUCCCAGGGAGACACAUGCAGUAGACCAACCCACAGUUCUGCCAGCUUCUCACCUGUAGAAGCCGGAAUCAUUGGGGAGAGGAGCUUGACCAGAGACUUAAUACCCAUUGAAAUUUCAUCUCAGCUAUUGUGGUUACUGUGUGUUAAGUGUCUCAUGGAGGAGGAAAGCCUUCAUGUUAAAAUCCACCUCUAGGUCAGGCAGGACGCCCAGGCUUGUAAUCUCAGAUACUUGGGAGGCCGAGGUUAUAGAUUUAAGGUCUGCCUGGACUACAGAAUUAGUUCUAGGCCAGUGAGACCCUGUCCUAACAUAAGAAGAGGGCCAGGAGUAAAGCCCGGUGCUAGAACACUUACCUAGCACAUAAACCACUAGAUACAGUCUCCAGUGUGGGGUGGGGGAUAGUAGAAGGAAUGGGACCGCAACUGUUUACUUCUUUAGUGGUGCUAACCACAUGUCACAGUGCUUGUGCUAGUCAGCCUUGACUUUGAGGGAGCAAGGCACACCAGGGAAUACUGUUUCCCACCUACCUUAUCUACGGGAUACAUAUCAUAGAUCUGUCUCCUUUUGUGGGGAGUGGGUUAAAGGAGUAGCUGAGUUGCCAAGGUUGACCUCAAACACUUGGCCUUAAAUGACUUCUUCCUCAGCCUCACAAGUAGCUGGGACCACAGGUGUGUGUUCACUGCUGUGCCUGGUUCUGUUAAUUUAUGAGGUUUUUUUUGUUCUAAAGUACUUAACAGUAUCUUUUCACUUUCAGACGAGUCCUGAUUGGAGCUAGGUGUGAUGGUCUGUAAUCUCAGGAUUUUGAGGCCAAGACAGGAAGAUCAAGAGUUUAAGACCAGUCUGAGUACAUAGAAAAGCUCUGGUUCAUAGAAGUAGAAAAAGAGAAGGAAAGGAUUGUGUGGUUGCUUGCUGAAUUUUAAUUUACGUUCUACUUAGUUUAAAAAGAAUUUAUAUAGUUUUAAUAGUCUUUCAGUCUUUUACCUUGCAAAUGCAGCCUCUUAAUUCAUAUAAUUCUUAUGAAUUUUUAUAAUAGAAUACUGGUGAUUUUUUUUACAUAAAAAGAUGUAUUUUUUAUUUAAAAAAAAAGACAUAGACUGUGUAGGCUGGAGAGAUGGAUCAGUGGUUAAGAGCACUGUGUGCUCUUACAGAGGCCCUGAGGUCAAUUCCCAGCAACCACAUGGUGGCUCACAACCAUCUGUAAUGAGAUCUGGUGCCCUCUUCUGGUGUAUCUGAAAACAGCUACAAUGUACUCAUAUAUAAUAAAUGAAUAAAUCUAAAAAAAUUUUAAAAAAA